UGAUUUUGACAACUUCAACGCCCAACCGAACUUGAUCAUUUUCACCGUCUGUCGUGUUUUCCAUGGCGUUGUGCGUGUCUCCCAGUCCCAACUCCCCCGACAUUGUGCUUCUCAAGAUCCUGGGACUUGAUUCCUCCUCCUCCGCCCUGCGACCACAAGCCUCAACCUGCCACGACCUCCGUUCAUGAACCUCGACGAGCUCAACCACUUCGAGAGUACCCCUUCUGGCAGCCAUCGCGUCGGCCUCUACCAUUCCCGUGACUCUCAGGUCUCGUUACAUCCACUGAAAGCACAUAGUCUUUCGUCCACUCCUUCAGAAAACGAUUGGAUCUCUCCUUUUACCCUUCCCCCGUUACCGACGCUGCGCCGCGACCGCGAUCCGCUGGACUACCGUCAAUCCCCAGAUUAUCUUCGACAACGAGACGGAAGUGGUGCCUAUUACGCCGCUGCCUGGGGUUCCCCGUAUGCUACCCCAAGCCCUCGACGAACCCCUCAGCCUUUCGAUUCCGUCGGUCAGCGCCUGAAUAUUGAAGCUGCACCCCCUUUUGGAAGUGCAAUUGGUCGACCAACCAUCACCUCUACCCCCGGAGACGACGUUGACGGAACCGAAUCGCACAGUCGACGCCGCCUGUACAAGAGCACUGGUCUAGGUUCGAGAAAGCAGUCACGAAAUCCACGUUCCGAAAGACCCAAUUGGCUGAGUGACUCUGAAGAGAGCGGGUCCGAUAUAGGUGUGGAAGAGGAGGAGAACACCCCAACCCGCGUUGCAUACCUCGACAGCUGGGGAGCAUCGCCUGUCGAGAACGUGAGCCGCUUGCCCGUACGACACAGAAGCAGCGAAAGCCUUGCUACCGUUACCCCGUAUACCUUCCAUGAUUCCGGGAGGCUGUCAAUAGCGCCAGAACGCCACCGCAUGCGGCUUCCGUCUUCUGCGCAGCACAACAUGGCUGAGCACGAUUCGGAGAAUGCGCCAGCUGCGGAAAAGCCGCUCCCAGUUCUGCCUCGUCAAACAUCCCAGGUGGAGGACGAUGUGAAGGCUCCAGAGAGCCCAACUUCAGCGGUCCGGCCACGGCCCACCUCAAUGCAAUCAUACCAACGCCCCAAGAAAAAGGUCAUCUGGAAAGGCAAAGCUUGUAUCAUAGCCCUGCCGCUCACGGAUCGAGAAGCCGCCGGGCUACCUCCUCUGCUGACGCCACGACAAGUCAAAGAACGAAUCGAGGGUUGGAUCGCGGCCGGGUACUCGGUGGAUGGGUUUGGGCUAACCGAUACGAGUGCUGGGUCUUCAGGAGAGCGCAGUGGCCAGAGCCGUCCUGUGUACCCUGACGCAACAGAAAUCCACGCAGAGCGCAAGUUGCGGGAGUUUCAAGUCCACAUACCUGAUCAGGCAGAAUGGGAGUCGUGGGUCAACUACCUCAAGGAGGAGAAACUUCGUGCGUUAGGAGUCAGUCCGAGUAACUCUGAAGCCGCGCCAUCGACACGGUCCCCCUUCUCUCCUGCAUUGAGCCGCAUUUCAUCCGGCCAUCCAGCAGUUGCGACGUCGCCUCCAGUUGCCGCCUCAUCUUCAUCAGCAAGCAACUCGCUGAGAGCUACAAGCAAUCCCUUCUCCCCCUCAAUAAUGUCGUCUGCUGGGAUCAGUCCUCAGCCUGGAUCUCUUGGGGGUUCGCAAUUCAAUGGACCGCUAAAGAAUAUGCACGGAUACAAACCUUCAAUCGCCCAGUCGACCUUUCAUGGACGAAUCCCAUCCCCCUUGGAACCCACUCUAUCUCAUGCAAAUUCUUUCGGCAAUGGCGCGCGACCAAACAUUCAACCACUCUCCUCCCGGCAAAACAGUUUCUCUCCAAAUCACCCAUUACUUCUCCCUAAUAUGGGAGAAGUAUUGUCCCAACCACAGGCCAUGCAUAUGCGCAGAGCGACGGCCAACUUUGCUGGAGAUCAGGGGCGCCCCAAUCAAAUGCAACAAAGAGGAUAUUUCCCCGUUCCGCAAAAUGCCAAUCAACAUACACCAAGCCCUACUCUGCCACAGCGAAUUGAGGGUUUGGUGCACACGCCUCAAUAUAGCGAUUCCUCUCGAACUCCCAUUGAGAUUGCACACCCUACUCCGAAGAGUCACCGUCAUAACCUCAGUAUUGCAUUGCAAAGGGAGAUUGACGAAGCUGAAGCGGCUCUGCACGAGAAAGGAGACGGCAUGAACGAAGACCUAGACCAUAACGACUUGUCCUCAAGAAAAGAUUCUGCCUUGGACGAGUCUGUGAAUGAAGAGCCUCCGAUACUGAGACGGCCUGAGACGAUAACGACAGCGGAUGAGAAAUCAGAGAUUGAGACAAAUCCAAGUAUAGCUGCUACGCCUAUGCUGAUGGACGACAAGAAUCCGUUCGUGAACUGGCAAGCAUUGAGCGAUGCGGCGAAGGCUGAACCCAAAGCUGCUCCUGAGGCUGUUCCCACAACUUCCAAAUUUAAUGUGGAGGCUAAAGAAUUUGAUCCACGAGGUGGCUUCUCGAGCUCCAACUUCUCCUUUGCUGGACCGAGUUUCAUACCUUUCGGGCUGCCUCCGCCGAAGCCAGCACCACCUGCCGAAAGAACUGCGGGCAAGAACAGAUUUUCCUUAUCGCAUCUCAAUGCCGACGCGCCUGCUUUCACCCCACGCACAGCGCAAUCAGCACUUAAGGACGCUCCUUUCACGUUCAGCACUCCGACAUUCAAUGUGGAUGCUCCGGUUUUUAAUCCUUCUCAGUCUUCUAGCACCAACUUCAAAGACAGCGUGGCCUCCGCCGGUCAAGGACCAUCUGACAAUACGAACAGCAUAUUCGGCAACGUUGUCGUAGACCUCGGCUCAAAGGCCAUAAGAAGAGCAAGCAAGGGCAUUUCGACAGCUGGUUCAAAGUCAAAGGAUGUUCAAGAGGAGGAUACAGACAACGUAUUGGACGAUGCAGGUCGACCGAUGGCCCCCGUAGACCGACAAAAGAGAGCACGAAGGACUGGCAGUGACGGAGACCGAAGCCCCGUUUUUGCAGAAUCGGCACCGUUUCAUCACAGAAGGAUUCUCUCGGAGAUUGUGGAUGAUGUCGAUGCGAAUGGACCCAAGUCGGAAACUCCGAAGAAACAUUUUGACGGUUGGGCCUAUAUAUCUGCAGACGAAAAUCAGCUGAUCGACGCCGCGGACAUGACCAACACCAAAGAAGGGACCAGUGACGCAGGCGGGCCAGACUCGACGUUUACUUUCACGAAUCAGAGCGAUGCUGCUAUGUUCAGCGAAGCUCGACCGCCUCUCGAAGCUGAUCAGAUUUUGAACUCGGAGCCUUUUGCUGAAGCAGAAUCUCCAGAAAGCCUCAAGAAGGAAGAAGAAACUCCAGUGAGACCAACGAGUCUGCCGGGUGAACCCUCUCGAAAGCCCAGGUCCUCGCUUUCAGCACUAGCUAAGCCUUUCGAGUUCAAUCCAAGAGUCACUAGGUCAUUGGCAUCCUCCUCAUUUGCGAAGCCACAGAAAACUCAAGGGUUAGAAGACUCCAAAUAUGCAGACACAUCAAGUCCGCCGUCUGAGCUUAAGGCUAGUCUUUCUUCACCACUCACAGAUAUACCGCACUACGUGGAGAAGGAUCAUGAAUCAGUCGACGAAAUGGAGGACACGGUCGAAGUCUUCGAAGAGAAGAGUACCGAAGACGAGGUCGUCGAGGUAAUUGAAGAGAAAUCCGCAGGCGACGAAUCCGAACCGCCGCAACGGCGAAAGUACAUCCUGGAACGAGCCAAAGACUUCGAUGCAGAACCCGACGUAGAAGCCGAUCGGUUUGCCAAGACAGGAUCCUCACUGCCGCACGAAGACCAACCUGUUCCAUCCUUUGAGGAAAUCGAUGCUGUUAUGAAACACCUCGAAGUCCAUCCAGAACUCGGCGUAGAGCGCAAUGAUACACCCGUCCAGUCUACGCCGCUCAUUGAUAUGCGCCUGGGAGGUCACUUCCGAAGCGACGCUCCAAGCCCGAGCCCAGCCAGACACCAAGACACCAAGGCCGUUCAGAGCGACACCUCAUACCCACCAUCAUAUGGAUUGGGCAUUGGGGUGCAUAACCUGAAUUCAGGCAGAGACGAUGUCAGCGAUUGGGGUGACACGUUACCUGCGGCAGAGGCGGCUAAACUCCAGCUUCGUUCCCAAUUCUUUGAUGGGCACGUCAACGACCUAGUAGAUGGGUUACUUGAGAACCGGCUUGGACCUCUUGAGCGCACUUUAAGAACCAUUCAACAUUCGCUGGCAUUGAUGGCAACUCAGCAGAAUUCGAAGGCCAAUAGCCGAGGCCUAUCAGCCGACCAAAAGGACUCGGACGCUGAUGAUGAGGACGAGUACGACGCAUUUGAAGGCUUCUCAUCUUACAGAACUCGAUCGCCGAAUGCCAAAAGAGGGGAGCGGAAACAGGACCUGAUCCGCACCGCUGUCGCCGAAGCAUUGGCUGCACACCAACCACUUCCGCCGCCGCAGCCCUCGAUCGAUUUGACAGAGUUCAGUACCGUUCUACAAGAGAUGAGAGAACUCGCUCAGCAAAACGCCUCUCAGAACACUCAAAACGAGCUGAAGACAAUCAUGGAAGACGUCAUUUCCCAUCACCCGAGACUACGAGGCUCAAGAGUCCAGCAGGAACAUGAAGCCGCCGACAUCAGAUACAAACCCCAGAUUGACGGUCUCGAGACGAUGUUGAAGAUCUCUCAGGAGCACGCAGCCGAGGAAGCCCGCCUCAGACGGACGGCGGAAGAGGAAAUCAAUGAGCUCAAAUUACGACUACGCAUUGCCGAAGAGGAAGCCGCGCAGUAUCGAGAAUCUUCUGAAGAGGCUCAGCACACGUUGGAGGCUUUUGUCGAGGAGAAGGACUCGUAUAAAAACCUUGAGCAUGAACUUGAAGGCCUGACUCUAAAAAAUUCAGCCCUGGAACAUACGCUGGAAGAAUAUCGGGUCUCAAGCGAUCAGUGGCGAGAAGACAUCCGCACGGAACGCGCCUCCAACAAGGAGCUUAAGCGCACCUUGCACGAACUUCAUCAACAAUUGGUGGAUCAGACACAGUCUCGACAAAACCUUCGAACCAAAGUUGAGCGACUGCAGUCCCAAAUCGCACAAGUUGUGCAAGACCUGCAUUCUGAACAGGAAGAUUGGCGGAAUAAGGAACACAGCCUACAAAGCAAACUCGCCCUCCUACAAGAUGCACUUGAUCAAGAGCGACGACAUCGGGAGAAGGCAGAACUUGAAUUGGACACCCUGGAUAAAGAACACAAGGCUAAUCUCCACUUGAAGACGGCUCUGGACCAGGCUCAGUUGGAUGUCUCACAACUGAACGAGUUGGUGGCCUCGCUUCGGGAGGAGAACAGGGUCCUGGAUACCAAAGCAUUCAACCUAGACCGAGAGUUGGACCAUGUCAAGAACAGCAAGGAUGCCGAGCUUGCAACUUCCACGGCCAAACUACAGGCUGAACUGGAAAGUGCCUUGACCAAACUGCAAAGUAUCCAGGCUGAUUCGGGCGCACAAAUCACACGAUUACAAGCCCGUCUAGACCAUGCUGAGUUGGAUCUGGAAGAACAAAAGGCAAAACAUGACGCACUCCUUGCCGAGACCACUGAAGCACACAAGGAGGCUCUUCGGGAAGCUGAUGAGAAGAAAGAAAACGCUCUGGAGGACCAGCACCAAGCUCACGAGAAGAAACUUAACGAACUGCGCGACCGUCAUACAAGGGAACUGCAUAAUUCGUUUGAUACCCGAACGAGACUGGAGCACCAAUUCAAGGAGAGGCUCGUGUUGAGCGAGGACAAGGUGAAGCACCUUGAAAGUAAAGUCGCGGAUCUGGAGGAGAGAUUGGACAUCACGAAAUCCGCCGCAAGAGCCGCCGUGGAAGCUGCAACCGCCAGAGGGGCAAAUCUGCCCACUCCAGCUCCGUCCGUCGUGGCAUCGCCACCGCAGCGUGCGGCAACUGCUUCUAUGUCGUUUGCCAAGGGGUCGGAUGUUCCAGAAAGAAUUUCGCCACAAGCUCUUCGGGAGUCCAUCAUGGUGUUACAAGAUCAACUGCAGAACCGCGAGCAGAAGAUAGAACAGCUGGAGGCGGAGCUUGCCGCUGUGGACAAGGACGCCCCCAACAAGAUCAAAGAGUGCGACACCGAAAUCAGUUGGCUUCGUGAACUAUUGAGUGUGAGGAUCGACGACCUUGAGGAUAUCAUUAACGCCGUUUCAAAAGCCGAUUUCGACCGAGAUUCAGUCAGAGACGCUGCAAUUAGGCUCAAGGCAAAUCUGCAGAUGGAACAGCAACUGAAAGAGCGGGGCGCAGCAGGCGGAUUAGCCAGUUCCUUCCCGUCAAUUUCGAGCCUGUCCAGCUAUGCUCAGUCACCCCGUGCACUUCCAAUGGCGGCAGCAGCGGCCUGGGGCAACUGGCGCAGAGCCCGAGAGACCUCGAUUGGCGCCAUAUCCGAACUGGCCACCAACCUAGGGAGCCAGACACCCUCAAAAUCUGCCAUCGGUAGUCCUGCAAGUUUCUUGUCCGGAAUCAUUACACCGCCAGGGACGACUCAGAAGACGCCAAGCUCAAGCGAGACGCCAGUCCCCCCACCACCGAGCAUGAGAAACCCAGCUGCAGGCCCGGUGCUAGCUCGUAAGGCAAGCGGACCCGAAGCCCGACCAUUGAGGGCCUACAGUUCACAACCUCGGACGCUGUCGAGCAAACAGGCAGAUAAGCGCCCUGAAAGUUUUCAGCUUCAGCCCAACUCUUCGCCAACCUCACAGCUAAAAAUCGACCUACCACAGACUCCGGUUCAGGCCAAGGAUGAGGCAAACCGGGAUCUCACGGACGAUGUGGAUGACGAUGCCUCGCCGCUGGAAGGGAAGAAUACCCAGCAUCUUGGAGAGACAGAGCCGCUCGCUGAGUGAAAAUUCCGUUCACAGGCGCAUGGUCCGGGGGAUACGAUGCACACCCCAAACCCCCUUCUUGUCGAUCAUUUGGUUUCUCUGUCAUUUAUUGAUUCUAUGCAUCUUGCAUAGACAUAUGUGUGUGCACAGCUUUCACGUGUGGUGACAAUAUGUGGAGCAAUUACGGGUUGAAGAACACAGAUUGUUUGAAACGAGGACGAAAUGCGGAGCGUUGGUACGAGACUAUGGAAAUUUCUCCUACACGUUCAUCUCACUCACUCAUUUUCUCCCUCUCUCCGCAGUGAUUGGAUUUUGUACAAGAGGAAGAACGAUAUACCCCUGCUCCGUUUUAGCGUCAUUUUGCUAUGAUACCUUUCUUUUGUUUAUUACUCGGGACGGUCGCUUGUGGAUAGAGUGUGGUCAGUAUAUAUAUAUAGCAUAGCGCUGAGGUCAUUUCCGUACAUAAUAGGUCAAUAUUGAGAUAUGGCCGACAGUCGCCAGUUGACGCACUAA